CCUUCCUUCUCGCCGUCAUGCAAGGUGUUGGACAGUGUAUAUAUUAUAUGCCCCAUAUUCGUCGGACGAUCAAUCGCAAAGAAAAUGCUCUUCUUGACGCAGCUUCCCUGGAAUGCAUCACUUCCUCCACAGAUAUAGCUACAACGUCGUGAACAUUGACCACCCGCGGCCCAUGACGGACGAGCAGCCGAGCUGGCUCUUCGCCGAGACCUUCAAGUACCUCUUCCUCCUCUUCACCGAUGAGGACCGUUUGCCACUCGAUCAGUGGGUGUUCAACACGGAGGCGCACCCGUUGCCCGUGUUCGAGUGGCGGGGGUGGGAGCGGGAGGCGUAUGGGAUUUAGGUUGGCCAAUCGCUGACCUCGAUGAGGUGUGGACGCGCCGGGGGCGCUGAGCGAGCCGGAUCAGGAUGGGGCGAGUCGGGAGAGACGCAUGCACUGAAGAAAGCUUGAGGGAGGGAGAAAUGGAGAAGCAAUAACCACAUCGCACCACGACAGUGAGUGCCGACCAGCAUAUCAGAUUACUUACUGCUCUUUAAUGGGACUUUGGACUCGGAAUCUCCGCGGAUACGUUCUUUCGCUCGUGGCAAUAACUUAUUCAUCGUUC